UCCUUUUUAAAACGAAUAACUAACUAACUAACAAACAAGAGUGUCAAGUCCCCUCGGGGCACUCUCCGUGUGACUUAGUCCACAAAGACGGAGCGUCGUCCUCUUGGAGAACACCGCCCUCUUGGAUUCAGAGGCAGGUUGCCUGAUAUUCAGAAACCACCGGUGGCGCUCUUUCUCCGCAGGAUCUCCGGAGUGGCUGCGGGCUGCCAUUUACAACAAAAAAACCAAAAAAACCUGUCAGGUGUGCGUACAAACACAACGUACGGGAAUAGCCUAUUCGUACGUAUUUUUUUUUUUUUUUUCUCCGUGGGAGAAAUGUCCGAGGGGUUGGGCCAGACCUCCUGUGGAAACGCUGCCUCCGCUUAGCCGCUGCCCGCUCCGGGGUCCGGGAGUAGUCCGGUCCACACACACACACACACACACACACACACACACACACACACACACACACACACACACACACACACACACACACACACACACACACACACACACACACACACACACACACCGUGAGAGGAGCAAAUACUCUACAUCAAUCAAUCAUGCGGAGCUCCGGCGGACUGACGUGGAGAACGAGCCGCACUCAGUGAGCCGCCACAGCCGACGACGUGCUGCGGCUCAGCGGAGAAACCAAGACGGCGUCAAGCUGCAGCGGGCGGCGGAGUAAAGACGCUCUUCAGAUGGCAUGCAGCGGGUCCGCCUGACACCCCGAGGGAAGCUCCGGGUCCAUUCAUCCUCCCGGUGCAAUGACGUCCGCACGGUUAUUGUAAGAUCUUAUCGGUGAGGUUUCUGUGUGAAUCCAUCCGCCCUCCUCCUCCUUCAGACCGGGGUCGGUGUCGGGGAGAGAGACGCUGCUCGGCCGUCGGGAGGAUAUGGGAGAGAGAGCAGAGCCGAUGCAGUGGGUCUUGGCAAGGCACCGUGAAAAUACAGGGCAGUGAUGCCUGGCAUGGUGAUGUUUCGGCGGCGCUGGUCAGUAGGCAGUGAUGACCUGGUGCUGCCCGCCCUCUUCCUCUUUCUAUUGCACUGCAUCUGGCUGGUGGUUCUGUCCGUGGUGCUGUUCGGCCUCCCGUAUGGCUCCGAACAGUCCUGUUCUGUAACGCUGGUGGACCAUGGCCGAGGCUACCUGGGCAUCCUGGUCAGCUGCCUCAUCUGUGAGAGCGCCAUUAUGUGGUUGAGCAUGAGAGGCAGCAUUCUGUACACACAGCCCAGGGAAGCUGUGCAGUAUGUCAUCUAUAUACGGCUAGCUAUUCUGUUGGUGGAGCUAGUAUACGCUGUGGUGGGAAUUGCCUGGCUGGUCCAGUAUUAUCAGCCAUGCUCUGAUGUCACUGCCAAAAACCUGGCUUUGGGAAUCGUUGCAUGCAACUGGCUAGUCAUUUUCAGCGUUUGCAUUACCCUCACGUGCACCUUUGAUCCUACGGGUCGGACUUUUGUCAAACUGAAGGCCACCCGUCGGCGUCAGCGCAACCUCACUACGUACACACUCAGACACCGGCUAGAGGAAGGCCAAGCCAGCAGCUGGAGCAGGAGACUCAAGUUCUUCAUGUGCUGCACGAGAGCCCAGGAUACACAAUCAGAUGCGUAUUCAGAAGUGGCCAGCCUUUUUGCAGAGUUCUUCAGAGACCUGGACAUUGUGCCUAGCGAUAUUAUUGCUGGCCUGGUACUUCUCCGCCAGAGGCAGAGGUCUAAGAGAUCUGCCAUCCUGGACCAGGCAAACAAUGACAUCUUAGCCUUCUUAUCUGGAAUGCCUGUCACUCGUAAUACUCGAUACCUGGACCUUAAGAACUCCACCGAGAUGAACAUGUACAAGGAUGUGUGCUAUUACAUGCUCUUUGCCCUGGCUGCGUACGGCUGGCCCAUGUACCUAAUGAGGAAGCCUGCCUGUGGGCUGUGCCGACUUGCCAGCUCCUGCCCCUGUACUUCAGUAUCUGGCUCUCGAUUGUCUCAUUCUGUGACAGUGGAGGAGGACAAUUGUUGCGGCUGUAAUGUCCUGGCCAUACGGAGACACUUCCUGGACAGGGACCUCAAGCAGGUUCAGAUUGUCUACACAUCCUGCCACGAUGCUGUUUAUGAGACCCCGUUUUUUGUGGCAGUGGAUCAUGGGAAAAAGAAGGUUGUCAUCAGUAUCCGAGGAACACUAUCGCCAAAGGACGCCUUGACUGAUCUGACGGGGGAUUCUGAACGUUUGCCUGUAGAGGAGCAGCACGGGACUUGGCUUGGCCACAAGGGGAUGGUUUACUCAGCAGAAUACAUUAAGAAGAAACUGGAGCAGGAAAUGAUCUUGUCACAAGCCUUUGGAAGAGACUUGAACAAGGGCACCAUGCACUAUGGGCUGGUGAUAGUCGGGCAUUCUCUUGGUGCAGGCACUGCUGCUAUCCUCUCCUUCCUGCUGAGACCUCAGUACCCAACACUUCACUGCUACUCUUACUCUCCACCUGGUGGCCUUUUUAGUGCUGAUGCCAUGGAGUACUCCAAAGAGUUUGUCACAUCGGUGGUAUUAGGAAAAGACCUGGUACCAAGGCUCGGCCUGUCACAACUGGAGGGUUUCCGACGCCACCUUCUGGAAGUCUUGCAGAAAAGUAACAAGCCAAAGUGGAGGAUCAUAGCGGGAGGCACCAAAUGCAUCCCCAAAUCAGAGCUUCCAGUGGAGAACGAUGAUCCUCAGACUCAGCCGGCAGCGCCCCCCAGCAGUCGCCUGUGGCUCCACCCCAGUGACCUCAGCAUUGCCCUUUCAGCCUCCACCCCCCUCUACCCUCCUGGCAGGAUCAUCCAUGUGGUGCACAACCAUCCUCCAGAGACAUGUUGUGGCCAGGAGGAGCCGACCUACUCAGCUCUGUGGGGUGACAACAAGGCCUUCGAUGAGGUCAUCAUAUCACCCGCCAUGCUUAACGAGCACAUGCCCCACAUGGUGAUGGAGGGCCUAAACAAGGUGCUGGAGAACUACAACAAAGGGAAAACAGCUUUGCUUUCAGCAGCCAAGAUCAUGGUGAGCCCCACAGAAGUGGACUUGAACCCAGAGAGCAUGUUCGUGGAUACAUCAACAACUCAGCAGCCGACGCCUACAACCCACCACCGCAGGAACAGCAGUGUUCGACAAAAACCAUUGUUACGUUCGUGUGCCCAGUCUGAAAUAUCUCUGGAUGGUUUCUCUGAGUGCCCUCCUCCUCCAGUGCCUGUAGUUCUGCGUGGAGCACGGGAGCGCCUGACAGUGGAGCUGAGGGACCGCAAAGCACCGCUGGCUGUCAUGGAGAGUCUCUCAGACGCCGAAUCCCUCUAUAGUCUGGAUUCUCGACGCUCCUCAGCUGCGCUAAGGGGUUCCCCGAUGCUGAGUUGCCUCCCGUUCCCUUUGGAUGCCCCGAUCCCCGAGGAGAACCCGUCUCUCAGCUCCCGCACUGAACUACUGGCUGCUGACUGCCUCUGCCAGGACACGCCAGAGCACCUGGGUGAGGUUGGGCCCUUCUUUACCCCACUGGAAUCCAGAUCCACCCCGGAUUACCCCAUGGGGCUGUCUCCUGCCACCCCUCGCUACAGUGGAAACCAUUCCCCAGCUGUGCUAAAUCAGAGCGUCUUGGCUCAGCCUUUAAAGCCGGAGCCUAACGCCACCCGAAAAGUGCUUCCUGACGGGGAUCAACAACAGAUGCCUGGUGUCUACAGCCCAAGGAGCACUCCUAAUUCUCCACUCAGCCCACAGAUUGGUUCUAGACCAAUGGAUGGAGAUCAUGAAGAGUGGGAGCUGGAGACAGCAGAGAAACAGUUCAGUGCAGAGACCAGACCGGCAGCUUCUACUCCUCCACCCCAACUUUCCAAUGGAAACCCCAGCCAGGCGGUGCUGGAGUUCGCCCAGUACUUAGACUCUCUAUUCAGACUGGACGGCAGCAGCUCACCGCCUCUGGAGCUGUCUGACGGGGAGUCCGAGUCGGGCCGGGGCUCCGUCGGACAGGGAGAGUGUCUGGCAGACGGACAGCCGUUGGAUGACAAACAACUCCUGGCCAGAGCGACACUGGAGCCUAACCUAGUCCCCAAGCCCCCACGCACUUUUGCUGGAUCCGCUGACCCCUCUUCAGGCAUCUCUUUGUCGCCCUCUUUCCCGCUCUCGUCGUCUGAGGAGCUCAACGACCUUUCCCCCGGCGAGGGCGUACUGCCAGCCAUGCACUCCCUACGAACAUCUAGCCCUUGCCACUGUCCUGAAGAGAACACACUGUCAUCUAUGGUGUAGCAUUCUCCCAAGACUCCAGUGUCCUCUGCUCUAGAUUGACAGGUGCAGUCAUUUCAAAUGUAAAACAUAUCACAGUACGUGCAUGCGACGGAAUGCAGUCACUCAUCAGAGAUCCGAUGACAGAACUUGACGGACCAACUCACAAACUGUUUCCAUUCUUCAGGUGUCCCCAGUGAACGCUGUUUAUAGCAUUUUCACACUAUUGCAAUGACUAAGAAAAAGAAAAGAUACCUCUCUCUGCAUGCCAGGGGGCUGUACUGCUUUUGGGUGAAUAUAAAUAACUGUAGCUUCACAAUGCCAUUCCAAAACAAUGUUGUCUCACCCACGUAGGGACGCGUCAGCAUUACAUCAGUUCCCCAACGUAACAAAAAUCUAAGGGAGAUUACUUAACUGAGCAGGGAAUCAAAAACUAACACUGUAGAAGAGGUUAGCAUAGGCACAUCAUCUGGGUUGGUGUCCUGUACAACUUCCUGCACCCUCAGCAGCUCCGGAAAUUUUGUCCAGCGUUUAUUUCAUUUUCUUUCUUUUUUUUUUUUUUAAAUCAGGAAUGUGAAGAUGGACAUAUUCAUCAAUCAAUAGAAGUGAGAAGACAUUAUGAAAUGUUCCUCAGGUCUACAAAGAAAUGACUUUGAGAAAGAGAGUAAGUGUGUUACAUUGGUGAGAGUUCAUGUGUCUUAAAAAUGUAGUGAUUGUGACAAAGUUAUUACAGACGCCUAUGGAUGUUUUUUGAGUCUUUUGGUUACUCUUUAUAGUGCAUGAAGGUUUUUUUUGUCUAUAUUUUUAAAGAGAAAUGUCAAGAAGACACUUAGAUUGACAUUUGGAUACUCUUGCACACAUCAUAUUGCUCAAUUUACCCCCAAAAUAUUUGCCAAAAAAUGUAAUACAUUGUAUUGCCAAAUGUAUUUAUGAGAUGUAGUUUUGUAUAUGUAUAUGGGUAUUGCUUUAUUUAAACACAAGCUAAGUUCAUUAUCUCCUUCCCAUUCUAUUGGUUCCCAUGUAGACUGUUACACAGCAACACCGCGGAAAAGAUGCUAUCCUGACCUAGAAACACACUGCCAUGGCUUUCAUUUGGAGACCACAACCUCUGUACCUUGGGUUUCAACCAGUGAUAAUAAUAAUAACUAGCUAAUAGUCGUCCUAGUCUCAUAACUACUGUACCUUUCUCUUUGGGGAGCUCUUAGUAAUGUGCCCAGGUCAGAGUAAGCAUGAUUUAUGCAUUUCAGAGUAGCAUGGCUGGUAUAGAAAAUGUCUUGUUACUGAGUCGCAGUAAAUAAGAUCUAAAUUUUAAUAUAUGUAAACUCUAUAGAGGCUUAUAAAAACGCCUCGGUCACCAGACAGGACCAAACUGUUUAUUCUAAAAAUGUCACAGGAUUUCAGCUCUCUUGUUCUCAAGGUGCUCUCAGUCAUCUUGGACGUCAGGGUGUUUGCUUCCCUUUAAUGUGGUUCAUCUAAAAAAUCCUUGAUGUUGGACUGACUGAAUGAAUGAAUGGGUGUAACAGAUGGCUCACAAUUUGCAUUAUUUAUUACCGUUACUGUUGUUAUCACUUUUAUUGCUAUAUUUGAUGGUAUUAUUAUCCUUAUUGCUCUUGCAACAGAUUGGUUUGAUGUUAGUGGUUUUUAUCUCAGUUUUUUGGGGACAGUUUGGGGAACUUUUUAAACUUUCCCCAAAUGUAAGGAGUUCUAUAUUCCAGCUUUUUUUCUGUCCGAGUUGAAAAGUACUUGACAUUCUGCCAUUGCAUGGUGACAAUAUGCUCUUUUUACAAAUGUUUCAUGGCGGUGAGACAUGCUGCAGAGUGACAGCCUGCCCACAGUGACCUCUGGUGCUGCGCCACCGUCAAGCCUGGAGUCACCAUAGUGAUCUGCACAGUCUCUGUAUUUGGAUUAAGAUUUGAUGUGAUUACUCAGAGCAGACAGUUCCAGCCAGUUUACAGUCUGACACUACUCAAGUCAUGCUGCCAGUCCCAGUAGACUCUCACAAGACACUGUAAGGUUGGGCCAGCAAUUUCCUACUUUCGGUUACUUUGCUUGCAAACCGGUCAUACAUUAAAAACACUGCUGAAAGAAAGCACUAUAAUACUUUCUACCAUGAUGUGUACAGCACCAUGUUCUAUGUGUAAUUAUGUAUGCAGAUGUCUAAAAAAAAAAGAUGAAUUCAAAUAGAGUCACUUAGAAAACAACUAUAUAACCAUAAGGAGAUGAUGACUAUAUUAAAAGAUAUCAGUAUUGACUUGAUCUGAAAGUUAUUUAUUCAAACUAUUGGCAGAUUUAAAAAUUGGUCUAUAUUGAAAGAAGAAUAAUUCAACUAUGUCUUGUCCAUGUUUACCUGGUUUGCUUCCCCUCCUUUCCUGCCCCACAAUGAGAAUGUAUUUAAACCCUCCCCCUCACUGCCCUGCCUGUAAUGGAAUAAACUA